UGGGAGCUUCCAAGAUGGCGGCGUCCGCGGCUCCGAUCCUGCGGGAUAGCCCCAGCUUGAAAAAAGCAGUGUCGCUGAUAAAUGAAAUAGACAUAGGAAGAUUUCCACGACUGCUCACCCGAAUUCUUCAGAAACUUCACCUGAAGACGGAGAACAGUUUCAGUGAUGAAGAGGAAGAAAAACUUCAAGCUGCAUUUUCUCUAGAAAAACAAGAUCUUCACCUAGUUCUUGAGACAAUAUCAUUCAUUUUAGAACAGGCCGUGUAUCACAACAUGAAGCCCACGGCUUUGCAGCAGCAGCUAGAUGCCAUCCACCUGAAGGCAGACAGAGCAGAGGCAUUCGUUCACGCCUGGUCUUCCAUGGGUCAAGAGACGGUCGAAAAGUUCAGGCAGCGGAUUCUCGCGCCCCACAAGCUAGAGACGGUUGGAUGGCAGCUUAACCUUCAGAUGGCUCACUCUGCUCAAGCAAAACUGAAAUCUCCUCAAGCUGUCUUACAGCUGGGAGUGAGCAAUGAGGAUUCAAAGAGCCUGGAGAAAGUUCUCGUAGAAUUCAGUCACGAGGAGUUGUUUGAUUUCUAUAACAAGCUGGAGACUAUUCAGGCACAGCUGGAUUCCCUCACGUGAGGCUUUGGAAGACCCUGUCUCAAGCACACUCCUGGCACCUCGUUAUUUGCAUUGAAGAUAGAAUUCCAGGUUGUGUUUUCUGAAGGAUUCAGUGGUUUUCUUCUUGUCAGUUUUGUGGAUUAUUGCUUCUUAGAUAAAUAACAGCCAAGAGAGACCAUGGUUCUGAGUCCUGAGGUUCAAAUAUACAUUCCCUAGUUCUGUGAGCCAGCAGGAAGCCAUGACUGUCCGGUGAGUGCUGCUUUGCCUGACCUGAUUAUUUUCCGCAUACCCCAUGACACCUUCUAUAUCCAGUAGGAACCGUGGAAACAAGAUAGAAAGUCUCCCUUAGAACACGGAACUUUUACUAACACAUUAAUAAAAAUAAGAAAAUAGUCACAUGCCAUCACAUGCUUUAUGGUAUUUUUCCUUCAACGUUU